AUGCUUUCACCAGCAAGUUUGGAUGAAAUCAAGGAACGGAUUAGCAAAAAUCAAGAAAAAAUCCACGUGCUGCAGGCAAUCAACAACGUUCUGAAGGAACGCCAUGAGAUUGAGUCCAACUAUAAAAAUUUAGCUUUAAAAUUUCGUGACAUGCAAGAGGAGGAAGCCUUACGGAGAGCGAAGGUUUGUCAGUUCGACGAAGCUCGUAAAAAGCAGCUGGCGGAGCUGCAAGCCAAGGGCGAAGCCCUCUGCCGGGAGAAGGCUAAACUACAGCACCAAAUCGAGCAUGUAACGUGGCACCUGGAGGGAUGUCGCCGGCGGCGACCCUGUCUGGCACGGUUGCCAGAAAACUGCCCCCUCAAGGGGGAAGGAGCUCCCAGCUGUUUGCCUCAUUCGCCGGAGAAGUUGAAAAUAAUGGCAAAUAUGAAAACCACGGCGGACCACUUGGUCCGCGGAAUCAUGGAUCUGCGGAAAAAGAUCCACAUCGUUCAGGAUAAAUUGGAAAUGGAGGUUGCGCGCAAAAAGGACAUGGAAAAGAAGUUGGCUGAACUGCGGAAGCAAAUCUGUCAGCACAACAAGUGCAUGCAGCAACAGUCCAGUCAGGUUCGGGAGCAUGCUCACCAUCACGCGCAUCAUCAUCAUCAUCACCAUCACCAGUCACACGCUGGUGGUGGUGGCGGUGGAGGAGGAGGAACAACUCUUCCGCCGAUCAAGAGCUGUGUGGCGGCAAAAUAG